GGGGACAUGAUGUGUGAAGUCAACCGAAUCUGUGUAGGGUUAUGGCCCUUCAUCAUCUGAUGUAAGUAUCAAAACCUCGACUGUUAUUCUUUGUAAACUAUUAGUUACAAAAUAAAGUGUUUAAAUCAAAUUUAAAGAAAAUUAAAAAAAAAUAUUAUCCUGUUGACAGUUUUAAAUGUGACAGUUAAUAUUAUGAUGUUUUCCCUUUCAUUUUCAAACAAACAGCCUACACUUAAAUAAUUGAGGAUUGGGAAAGAUUUCCCGAAAUUUCAUAGCGUUGUGGAAAGUUUUCUUUUUUUUUUUUUUUUUAAUGUUACAGAUUAACUUCAAGCUGAAAUCAAACGACUGUCAACAUGCGUCUUUCAUGGAACGAGUAAGCAAAAUAUCAGUAUUGAAAAUUUGGACAUGGUCUGCAUGGGACUUUUUUCGCUCCCCCUAGAUUAAAUCCUAUUACGCUUUGACAACAUAGCGUAAGGAACCAAUGGUUGGAUACAAACUAACGUAUUUUGGGUCUGCUUUCAUGAAUUAUUCGAAGAUGGGAUUGCAAUAGUAACCACUGUGCCCGGCGUAAUUCAUUAUGGGGUUCGUUGUGUGGAGGGGACACCAUGCAUAAGUCAAUACGGUAGUAGCUGUAUGCAGAGGGGGUAUGGGAUAUUUCAUUAAGGUGUUAACUGUAUGCAGAGAGAGUAUGCCAUAUUUAAUUAAGAUCUUAGUUGUAUGCAGAGGGAAUUUAGCAUAUUUCAUUAAGGUGUUAACUGUAUGCAGAGGGAGUGUGGCAUAUAUUUCAUUACGGUAAUAGUUGUGCCCAGAGGGGCAGCCCCCCCCCCCCCGCUGUCUUCCAGCAAGAUAAAGAAACAUAAAGGCGGAGGCUUUUAAAUUAUUUUUAGGUGUUAACUGUAUGCAGAGGGAGUGUGGCAUAUAUUUCAUUACGGUAAUAGUUGUGCACAGAGGGGCAGCCCCCCCCCCCGCUGUCUUCCAGCAAGAUAAAGAAACAUAAAGGCGGAUGCUUUUAAAUUAUUUUUCUAUCUUUGUUCUUGCGGUCAAUAUUUGCUUCAAUGUCAUGAUUGUUCUUGCUGACAUGGCACUGGGUUGUUUUACGAGUGGUGUUAGCGUUACGCGCGGGGUGUUCUGUCACUGUUAACAGAUGCAAACAUUUGUGUUGUUCUGUCACUGUUAACAGAUGCGCACAUUUGUGUUGUUCUGUCACUGUUAACAGAUACACACAAUUGUGUUGUUCUGUCACUAUUAACAGAUGCGCACAUUUUUGUUGUUCUGUCACUGUUAACAGAUGCACACAUUUGUGUUGUUUUGUCACUGUUAACAGAUGCACACAAUUGUGUUGUUCUGUCACUGUUAACAGAUGCGCACAUUUGUGUUGUUCUGUCACUGUUAACAGAUGCACACAUUUGUGUUGUUUUGUCACUGUUAACAGAUGCACACAAUUGUGUUAUUCUGUCACUGUUAACAGAUGCACACAUUUGUGUUGUUCUGUCACUGUUAACAGAUGCGCACAUUUGUGUUGUUCUGUCACUGUUAACAGAUGCACACAUUUGUGUUGUUCUGUCACUAUUAACAGAUGCACACAUUUGUGUUGUUUUGUCACUGUUAACAGAUGCACACAAUUGUGUUGUUCUGUCACUGUUAACAGAUGCACACAUUUGUGUUGUUUUGUCACUGUUAACAGAUGCGCACAUUUGUGUUGUUCUGUCACUGUUAACAGAUGCACUCAUUUGUGUUGUUCUGUCACUGUUAACAGAUGCGCACAUUUGUGUUGUUCUGUCACUGUUAACAGAUGCACACAUUUGUUAUUGUUUUGUCACUGUUAACAGAUGCGCACAUUUGUGUUGUUACAAAGAUGCAGUCGCUGCUUUUUUCUUUUUCGGGGGGGGGGUGUGUGGGGGGUAUACACACACCCAAGGCCGUAAGCAGGCAGUUGGCGCCUUUGACAACACACACACAAAGAACCAUAACAAAAAAAAACCCACAUUAUCUUGUGCCCCCAUCUCUAACUUACUGUGGUCAACACCUUUGUGUCCGGGUUAAUCCGUGUCUUUAUUUCAGAUAUAUCGUUGUCUUUGUUUCGCGUUUAUCCAUGUCUUUAUUUCUCAUAGAAAAGAAAUGGAAACGGAUACACAAUGGUAACAAAAAGGGCGCUGAGGUUACAAUCCGUCAUGAUAAGAAAUGAUAAAUGCCUUAUACGUAUACAUGACUGUAUAUUCUAGACAGUUAAAAAGCUAUUCUCUGGGCUGUACCUCUCCAGGCACAUCCGCUACGACGUCUUCGUUGCCAUGGUGAUCGUGUUGACAUCGGAGGCUCGGGUCAACUUCUACAAGUAUGGGGGCUCGAACAACUACAACACCAUCUACGCCUGGACAUGCCUGAGUUACGAGGAAUAUACGCCGACGUGCGGUUGGAAGCUCGUGCUGACCUCGUCAUUCCCGCUCUCGUCCAUGUCGGUGAGUCGAACAGCUGUUAGAACUUAUUUAUUUACAACAGAAAAAAAAAAAAAUCCAAAUCUUCUUCAGAUUUGGGAUAAGGUGCUAUGUUGGAAGCUCUAAAUUUUAUUUUAAGAACUAAUAUAUUGAAAUAAAAAUAAUAAACUCCAUUUAUAAUUUAAAUAUUAUAAAAAUCAAAUGCAGACUGAAACUGAUUUCGCCACAAUGAAGGUUAAUUUAAACACAAAAAUCACCGGUCUACAAAGAUGUGGAUUGGUGAUCCAUCCGAUGUUGAUAUUGAUUUUUAAAAAAUAUAAUUUGUCUACAGUCCAUGUAAUUACCAGAUUAAAGUAAGCUGUACAUCCGGUCAGUGUUGGAAAGGGGACUCAUUUAAUAAUCGCAUUCAUUCAAAUGUUGCGUCGUUUCGCUAUGCGUAAAAAUGUCAAUGCACCGGAGCGUUGUCCAGUAUGUUCUGAUGACCGGAUGUGUGACGAGGAUUCAAGAAUAUGUAUUGAGUGCAAUUAUUGUAUGGUUGACUUCACGGUCCAUUCUGAAUUCAAACCCGUAGUUGGAAUCCCGUAAGACGCAUACAAUUACAAUUCCUGCAACCGUACCCAUCCCUGGUCGUCUUGACGUAGAGUCUUGCCACUGGAUAUGGUGAGGUUGACGCCGCUCUUCCUCACUUUAAACAAAAGUCACUAGCGCAAGUCAUCAGUCACCGGACGACUCGAUGGUCAUCGUCGAUCCUCGACGGACGAACAACAAUCAUUGAUGGGAGUGGGGGGGGGGGGAAGCGUCAAAAAGAUAGGGUGGGGGAAUGAGCCCCUCGCAGAAUCUUUUUUAGUCGGACAGAUGGGCCGGGAAAACUAGCUGUAGAAAUAAUGUUAUUUAAAACACGAGGACUCACAUAAUUACAUUGUCUUACAAUACUAACAUCUGUCCUAAUUAGUUAUCGAACUCACUUCUAAGUUAUGUCCAUUUAGUUUUUCCCCCCACUUAAUACUAGUUAGUAAUUUAGAAAUUCAGGGGCGUCGUGGCGGGGGUUGGGGGGUAGACUGCAUGCUUAAGCCCUUGUAAUUGGUAUUUAAUUAUUUAAAUUCAUAUAAUGAAACACAAGUGUUACUUUAAAGUUCAAUGGCUGCUAAAAGAUUUCUAGGUGUUUUGAACGGUUAGGCCUGAAGAUGAGCCUAAUGAUGCUGACUACGCCUAUAAUGAUAAUAAUAAUAAUAAUAAUAAUAAUAAUAAUACCCGGUGAUAAUAAUAAUGAUAAUAACAAUAAUACCUAUAAUGCCAAUGAUAAUGACAUAGGUUAAAAAAAAAGGAAUGCUUAGUGGAACGUGUCAGUUGUUAUUUGUUUAAGAACUUGUUUUCAAAAAGUCUGAAUCAAACCAUGACAUCAAGUACACGUGAUGUCCGUUGUACCGAUGGGUCACCUGUUGUAACGGUGUACCGUGUUGUACCAACGUGUCACCGUCACACAGAUGUGUCGCCGCUGAACCGAUGGGUCAACCUGUUGUAACGGUGUACAGUGGUUGUACCAACGUAUCUUCGUCACACAAAUGUGUCGCGGUUGUACCGAUGAGUCAACCUGUUGUAACGGUGUACAGUGGUUGUACCUACGUAUUAUCGUCACACAGAUGUGUCACUGUCGUACCGAUCUAUUACCGUUAAAUCGAUGUUCCCUGUUAUUAAUGGUAUCCACUGUGUCCAGGGCGGCUCAGAAUUCUUCACGUACACUAUGGUCAGCGAGUACAUCUUCCUGCUCAACGCUGUCGAAAAAUACGCCAACGCAGAGCUGAUGAAGCCAAGCUGUCCCAACAUUGAAAUGAACGGCGAAUUCGGGUGAGUCUCAGAACGAAAGACACAUUUUGGCGUCUCCCACUUUAUUCGCCACUUCUACAAUUUUUACUGUUAUGAUAAGGCCUACGCCUUGGCCAAUUUUUUAACUCUAAGGUCGAGCUGUUUUAGCCACCGACCCUUCUCUUUCCCUAGUAUAGCGCGUGGCUCGGCCAAUUUUGUCCCCCACUUCAGCGUAGAGUUAUUUUUUAGCCACCACCAUUUGUAUCGUUGGUAUGGCCUUGAUAGCGACGUCACCGAGUAGAUGCGCUGCUUCAUCCACACCCCACCCUUGGUUGGGAAACGUAUGUUUACGUUUGAAUGCGUUGCAUUUGUUCUCAAGAAUGCCAUUAGGCGACGCAGUUUCUAGAAUUUUCUUUACUAGAACGUGUCGAUUUAAUCCCCCCCCCCCAAUCCAGGUUUCUUAAGAGAUAGAUAUCGCGAGACAGAUAAAGAGGCGAGGGAAACAAUUUUUUGCUAUGCGACACAUUAUAUAAUUGUGUGUUUGUGUAAUUUAAUAUUUCUAUUUUGAGGGGUGUAUCGUUUUCACUUGCUGUAACUUGAUUUAGUUGUUUUUUUUUUUGUGUGUGCAUUUUUACUAAAAUUUGUAUUUGUGUAGAAAUUUAUAUAAAUAUAUAUAUAUUUAUAAAUAUAAUUAAAUUAAGCAUUGUUAGUAUCGCUAGCUUUGGUAUUCUUAAGAGGCGAGGGAAACAAUUUUUUGCUAUGCGACACAUUAUAUAAUUGUGUUUUUGUGUAAUUUAAUAUUUCUAUUUUGAGGGGUGUAUCGUUUUCACUUGCUGUAACUUGAUUUAGUUUUUUUUUUUUUUUUGUGUGUGCAUUUUUACUAAAAUUUGUAUUUGUGUAGAAAUUUAUAUAAAUAUAUAUAUUUUUAUAAAUAUAAUUAAAUUAAGCAUUGUUAGUAUCGCUAGCUUUGGUAUUCUUUUUCCUUGCAUACCGUCAGAUCAGUUGUUUUUUGUUUUUUUGUUGUUUUUUUGUUACGUAUUGUUUUCUUUUCUACGAGCCAACUAUUAGCACAUAUUACAUCUCCGAAAACCACAACGUUACGCAACAUUAACACCCGAACAUGUUAUUUAUAGACAAUUUAUCUCCGCCCCAGAUGCCAAUGACAAUGAAAAAAACCAUCAGUAAAAUUAUUUCGCUAAAUUCUCGUAAGUCCCGAUGUGAAGUAGCGUCCUACCCAAAAGGGAUGUCCCGGUGUGAAGUAGCGUCCUACCCAAAAGGGAUGUCCCGGUGUGAAAUAGCGUCAUACCCAAAAGGGAUGUCCCGGUGUGAAGUAGCGUCCUACCCAAAAGGGAUGUCCUGGUGUGAAGUAGCGUCCUACCCAAAAGGGAUGUCCUGGUGUGAAGACAAGGCGAGGGCGUAAUUUCAUCCCAAGCGAAGAGUCAUCUAAUUAUGGAGACGUACGGCAGAGCUAGAAACUAGCAACUGUUUUAUCCAUUAUACUGUAUGUUCAGAGCCAUUCUUAGGCAAACUAGGCGACCGCCUAUAUAGGGCCCCACUGAAAAGGAAGCCCCGCCGCCCCCCCCCCUUUUUUAAGCCUAUAACCUGCAAGUCCAUAUAUUUCACAAGUACACAUUUUCUCUAGUGGCGGAAUUAUCACUAUGGUUAGUGGUGACACGCGAACAAAGAGGAAACAGUGAAUGGAGGUACCGCAGUGAUGGGUGGUGUUUUCUCAUCAGCUCCGGGGGAGAUCCGCCCCCCGCGCCACCCUUUCCGGGGCCCCUUACCUUCGCUCCAUGCCUUGAACCUCCAAAAUCCUAAGAAUGGCUCUGGUAGGUUUAUUCGUUUUUUCAAAGAAUAUUUGCCAAACGUCCAAUCUUUUUGUCCCGUUCUCUAAUUCAAGCUUCCACAUACCUCGUUUUGUUAUUUCAUUUACGAGGCCUGAUUGCAUUCAUUUAAUUAUUAUACUUUACACACAAAAAGUUUGAUAAAAAACAAUUCCCAUACCAAAAACUAGUUGCUAAAUUUUACAUAAAUGCAAACAAAUAAUGAAUACAAAGGAUUUACACGAAAACAAACUUUGUAUUUUGGACUUGUUUAAUUUUUGUCUUUAAACGUUGGUCAAAAGUUUAUUUGUAAAUCUACUCGAUCCAUUCUCACACAAUUAUUUCAGGCCCCUCCCCCCCCCACUUAGAUACAUGCAAGAAACGUAAAAACCGCUCCCCCCCCACGUCUAAUAUAUAAUUUUAAUCCCAUCGAGCCCCGACAUCACGCAUUCAUUUCCGAUAACCUUAUAAGGUCAUACAAUUUAUCUGAAUUGAAUAUGCUAAUGGUGGAAAAUUACAACUUUUGGGUGUCGUAUAAAAAAAGGCGAUUGCUUCACACCUUACCUAUUUUUUUCAGAUCUUUGAUCCCCAAUGUGACUGUGUAUUGGUACUGCGUAUGUAACAGCACAACAUCCGGAAAUUGUCAGGUAACGCAUUUCCAACAUUCAAAAAAUACAAUUUACGGAAAAUUACUCUAAAUCACAAAAAAAAAAAUUAAAAAAAAAAUAAAAAAAUUACAGAAUACAUUUUUGUGUGUGUGAUCACACUUUGUAAAUUAGCUUGUUGAAACCAUGAAGUUAAAUCUAAUAAAAAAAAAAUUAGUACAAUUAUAAUUCGAUGACUUUAUUUCAGUGGUUCUCAACCUUCCUAAAGCCACGACGUUUAAAUACAGCAGUGCCUCAUGUUGUGGUGACCUCAUGCCGUAAAAUUAUUCUCCUUGCUACUUCUUAAGUAUGUGUUUUCCGAUGGUCUUAGGGGACCCCUGUGUAAGGGUAGUUCGACCCACAUGAGAACCGCUGCUCUGUGUAGCAAUGUCAAAUAUCCAAAGAACUUUCUACUAAUGUUUCUAUGACUGUGACACUCUCUAUGUUAUUAGCUAUAGAUCAGUUUUUAGUUAGUUUAUUCUAGGGCAUUGACACCAGUUGUAUUCUUUAUUGUGAGUAUACAAGCUUGAAGGGAGCAAGCAAGACGAAAUCACCCCAAAAAAAUUAAAAAAAUGAGAUUUCCUGUUUCGUCUCAUUUUAAAUUGUUUGUGCGCGAUAUCUCUUUUUUUAUGAACACCCAAAAAUAAGUACCUACGGACACUUACGGACAUGUCUCUUGCGGUCAAAUUGUUACCGACUGUCCGUCCAUUAACGGACGGUUGUCAAACGUACUGUGUGUUGAAGCGGAUCUUCGCAGAGCGUUACAUAAUCGCAGAGCCAUAAUUGCAGUAUUCGCAGAGCUGUAUUCGUAGAGCUAUUUUCGCAGAGCUAUACAGAACAGAAUCGUAGAGCUUUAUUUGCAGUAUUCGAUGUUCGUAGAGCUGUAUUCGUAGAGCUUUAUCCAUAGAGCUAUAAUCGCAGGGUUAUAAUCGUGAGUCGUCUUGAAGAAAGACAAGUGGAAGUAUUUGUGAUUUAAACAUGUUUUGGAAAUGAAUUAUAUUUCCUGUAUCAGUGUCAUAUAAAUAUUCUUUGGAAAUCACAUAAUUUAUCUAUGGAUCAUAGAAAAGCGCAGAGCUAAAAUUCGGCUCAUAGCUAAGCAUUUAGCGGCAUUUUAGGCCAACAGCAAUGGUGGAGCCAGGAAGCUAUGGGGCUCUAUACCCAUUUCCCCUUUUUGUGGGUUUCAUAUAAAUUAAAUAAUCUAUUAAUGUUUAAAGUUCCUUAUCUUUGAUUUCCACCCCUUCGGUAGACAUCUAGAUAAAACCUUGACCAAAAUUGUAUCUCGGGUUAGAGUGGUUAGUAUGGUUAGAAUGGUUAGAAUGGUUGACAUGGUUAGAAUGGUUAGCAUGGUUAGAAUGGUUAGCAUGGUUAGCAUGGUUAGAAUGGUUAGCAUGGUUAGAAUGGUUAGCAUGGUUAGAAUGGUUAGCAUGGUUAUAAUGGUUAGCAAGGUUAGAAUGGUUAGCAUGGUUAGAAUGGUUAGCAUAGUUAGAAUGGUUAGCAUGGUUAGAAUGGUUAGCAUGGUUAGAAUGGUUAGCAUGGUUAGAUUGGUUACGAUGGUUAAGAAUGGUAAGCAGGUCUGCCAAAUUGAGACACCUGCUAAGCCUCAACGUUUGAACUUCCGUCAUGAAUCUUUGAUCAGUUAUGAAGACUCAUGAUUAAGUGAUGAAGACCCAUGAUUAAGUUAUGAAGACGCAUGAUUAAGUUAUGAAGACCCAUGAUUAAGUGAUGAAGACCCAUGAUUAAGUUAUGAAGACGCAUGAUUAAGUUAUGAAGACCUAUGAUUAAAAUAUGAAGACUCAUGAUUAAGUUAUGAAGACCCAUGAUUAAAUUAUGAAGACGCAUGAUUAAGUUAUGAAGACCCAUGAUUAAGUUAUGAAGACCCAUGAUUAAGUUAUGAAGACCCAUGAUUAAGUAAUGAAGACCCAUGAUUAAGUAAUGAAGACCCAUGAUUAAGUUAUGAAGACCCAUGAUUAAGCUAUGAAGACCCAUGAUUAAGUUAUAAAGACCCAUGAUUAAGUAAUGAAGACCCAUGAUUAAGUUAUGAAGACCCAUGAUUAAGUUAUGAAGACGCAUGAUUAAGUUAUGAAGACCCAUGAGUAUUUAAGUGAUGAAGACCCAUGAUUAAGUGAUGAAGACCCAUGAUUAAGUUAUGAAGACCCAUGAUUAAGUUAUGAAGACCCAUGAUUAAGUUACUAUUGCCGUCUCUACAGAAUGUUGAACAAUCGGGCUCAACCACCACCACCACCACCACGACCACAACGAUGGCACCAGCAGCACGUGACACGGGUUUCUUGACACCCAGCUAUGAGUCACUUGAAGCAGCUACUGACGCAGCAACAACGUCACCUACAACUGUGCCUACGACCACUUCGACAACCCCGACAAGU